AAAUUCAUUAUACGGAACGUCAUUGUUCCCAUUCUGUGCAUAUGUGGACUGGCUGGAAACGUCUUAAUUCUUAAGGUUCUCAAAAAUCACAAAUUCAACCCCUCGACUAACAUUCUCCUGUACGCCAUGACUACUUCGGACGCAAUGCUAACCGCUACAGAUACCCUAUGUCAAGGCAUCGUCAUCGUGGAAGACUUCCACCCUGUCAUCGCAAUCGUCAUGGCCUUAUUCUACAGAUUUUUCAUUUUCAGAUGGAACCACCGUGCCUACUACUUCAGCCUCUGCACACUUUCCCUGAUUGCACUGGAGAGACUUGCUUUGCUUUCUUCUCCGGUCUUAGCGUCGCGAAUGUUCACAGAUUACAACAUGAAGUGGUCAUUGGCCGUGCUGGUGACCCUAUCAUUUAUCUUCACAUUCCCAAGCUUGUAUUUGCUUGAUGAUUUUAGGAUGUUCGACGGAAAGUUUGUCAGGACUAAUUCUAUUUUCAUUACAGAACAUAGAAACGUCGCCGUAUACUUGGUUGGAAUCGGUGACCACGUAAUCAUCUACAUGCCUCUCGCCAUUUUACUUGUGUCCACUGCGAUUGUAAAUAUGCUUUUGUUUCGUCGUAUGGAAGACAAGCAUUCUUCAUCCCAUGAC